AUGGUUCUGGCCAGCCAGUGUGAUGGGUUGGAAAGCGAUAGCCACGAGUCCAAACUCCGGGCAAGAGGCACUAACGGAAAGAUCACAUCCGAUGUUCCUGGGGUUGGGGCCUCAUGGUGGGGGGUAUGUGCAGCGAGACCAAAACCUGAAGUGCGUGUAAAUCCAGCUCAUCCUGUGUUCAGAGGCGAGACAGUCACUCUCACAUGUGACAUACAGACACAAACACACACUGAGUGGAGAUACAGCUGGAUUAAAGAUGAUUCAGUCAAUCCAGUCAGCACUGAGAGAGUGUACAGAAUCACAUCUGACAAAUCUCACAGUGGUAAAUACAGCUGUAGAGGAGAGAAAAUCAGAGACUCACAGAGAUCAGACAUCAGUGAUGCUGUUACACUGACUGUAUCAGAUAAACCAACACCAGCUGUGAUUGUGUCGCCCCAGAGUUCAGUGUUCACUGGAGACACAGUUACUCUGAGCUGUAAAUUCACACACUCAACUGGAUGGACCAUUCACUGGAAUAAAGACUCAAACUCUGAAUCCAGUGAUGCUGCAGCAACUCAAACAAUCAGAUCAGUGAAAGUCUCUGAUGGAGGACAGUACAGAUGCAGGGCACAAAGAGGAAACUACAACACAGAGUUCAGUAACACAGUUCAAUUAACAGUUAAAGAGAGACCAAAACCUGAAGUGCGUGUAAAUCCAGAUCAUUCUGUGUUCAGAGGAGAGACAGUCACUCUCACAUGUGACAUACAGACACAAACACACACUGAGUGGAGAUACAGCUGGAUUAAAGAUGAUUCAGUCAAUCCAGUCAGCACUGAGAGAGUGUACAGAAUCACAUCUGACAAAUCUCACAGUGGUAAAUACAGCUGUAGAGGAGAGAAAAUCAGUGACUCACAGAGAUCAGACAUCAGUGAUGCUGUUACACUGACUGUAUCAGAUAAACCAACACCAGCUGUGAUUGUGUCGCCCCAGAGUUCAGUGUUCACUGGAGACACAGUUACUCUGAGCUGUAAGUUCACACACUCAACUGGAUGGACCAUUAACUGGAAUAAAGACUCAAACUCUGAAUCCAGUGAUGCUGCAGCAACUAAAACAAUCAGAUCAGUGAAAGUCUCUGAUGGAGGACAGUACAGAUGCAGGGCACAAAGAGGAAACUACUACACAGAGUUCAGUAACACAGUUCAAUUAACAGUUAAAGAGAGACCAAAACCUGAAGUGCAUGUAAAUCCAGAUCAUCCUGUGUUCAGAGGAGAGACAGUCACUCUCACAUGUGACAUACAGACACAAACACACACUGAGUGGAGAUACAGCUGGAUUAAAGAUGAUUCAGUCAAUCCAGUCAGCACUGAGAGAGUGUACAGAAUCACAUCUGACAAAUCUCACAGUGGUAAAUACAGCUGUAGAGGAGAGAAAAUCAGUGACUCACAGAGAUCAGACACCAGUGAUGCUGUUACACUGACUGUAUCAGAUAAACCAACACCAGCUGUGAUUGUGUCGCCCCAGAGUUCAGUGUUCACUGGAGACACAGUUACUCUGAGCUGUACGUUCACACACUCAACUGGAUGGACCAUUAACUGGAAUAAAGACUCAAACUCUGAAUCCAGUGAUGCUGCAGGAACUAAAACAAUCAGAUCAGUGAAAGUCUCUGAUGGAGGACAGUACAGAUGCAGGGCACAAAGAGGAAACUACUACACAGAGUUCAGUAACACAGUUCAAUUAACAGUUAAAGAGAGACCAAAACCUGAAGUGCAUGUAAAUCCAGAUCAUCCUGUGUUCAGAGGAGAGACAGUCACUCUCACAUGUGACAUACAGACACAAACACACACUGAGUGGAGAUACAGCUGGAUUAAAGAUGAUUCAGUCAAUCCAGUCAGCACUGAGAGAGUGUACAGAAUCACAUCUGACAAAUCUCACAGUGGUAAAUACAGCUGUAGAGGAGAGAAAAUCAGUGACUCACAGAGAUCAGACAUCAGUGAUGCUGUUACACUGACUGUAUCAGAUAAACCAACACCAGCUGUGAUUGUGUCGCCCCAGAGUUCAGUGUUCACUGGAGACACAGUUACUCUGAGCUGUAAGUUCACACACUCAACUGGAUGGACCAUUCACUGGAAUAAAGACUCAAACUCUGAAUCCAGUGAUGCUGCAGCAACUAAAACAAUCAGAUCAGUGAAAGUCUCUGAUGGAGGACAGUACAGAUGCAGGGCACAAAGAGGAAACUACUACACAGAGUUCAGUAACACAGUUCAAUUAACAGUUAAAGGUAAACCAAAACCUGAAGUGCAUGUAAAUCCAGAUCAUCCUGUGUUCAGAGGAGAGACAGUCACUCUCACAUGUGACAUACAGACACAAACACACACUGAGUGGAGAUACAGCUGGAUUAAAGAUGGGAACAUCAGCAUUCUCAAUCAAUGCACGACACAAGAGUGUGAAAUAAGCAGUGUUGAAUUCUCCCAUCGAGGUAAAUACAGAUGUUCUGGAAGAGAGACAAGAGGAUCACGCUACACACACACCAGUGAUGAACUUACACUGACUGUAUCAGAUUUGCCCACAGCUAAACUCACUGUACAUCCAGAAACAUCUGUUUUCACUGGAGAGACAGUGAUCAUGAAGUGUGACAUUGAGUCUGAUUACAGUAACUGGAGAUAUGAGUGGUAUAAAGACAGAACUGUCGUGUCUGAGUCUGAGCGUUACACUGUAAACACAAACACUCUCACUAUCAGAGGAGCUACUGAGUCUGAUCAACAUCAGUUCUGCUGUCGAGGAAAGAGAGAUGGAAGACCAGCAACAUCACAGAACACAAGUGUUAUUCUUUCUGUUAAAGGUCAGUACUCAAAGCUCAAUCCUGAACUCACAUCAGAUCCUGCAGGAGCUGCACUGACAGGAAACACGGUGACUCUGAUCUGUCACAUGACUCAGACCGCUGGAUGGGACUUUUACUGGUACAAACACACACAGAACUCUGAGAAAAACAAGACAGAAACAAACUCCUACAGAGUCCAUAUUGAUUCAGUGUCUGAUGGAGGUCAGUACUGGUGUAGAGCUGGAAGAGGAGAACCAGUUUACUACACAAACUACAGUGAUGCACUGUGGCUCAAUGUUACAGAGAGACCAAAACCUGAAGUGCGUGUAAAUCCAGAUCAUCAUGUGUUCAGAGGAGAGACAGUCACUCUCACAUGUGACAUACAGACACAAACACACACUGAGUGGAGAUACAGCUGGAUUAAAGAUGAUUCAGUCAAUCCAGUCAGCACUGAGAGAGUGUACAGAAUCACAUCUGACAAAUCUCACAGUGGUAAAUACAGCUGUAGAGGAGAGAAAAUCAGAGACUUACAGAGAUCAGACACCAGUGAUGCUGUUACACUGACUGUAUCAGACUCAAAGCUCAAUCCUGAACUCACAUCAGAUACUGCAGGAGCUGCACUGACAGGAAACAUGGUGACUCUGAUCUGUCACAUGACUCAGACCGCUGGAUGGGACUUUUACUGGUACAAACACACACAGAACUCUGAGAAAAACAAGACAGAAACAAACUCCUACAGAGUCCAUAUUGAUUCAGUGUCUGAUGGAGGUCAGUACUGGUGUAGAGCUGGAAGAGGAGAACCAGUUUACUACACAAACUACAGUGAUGCAUUGUGGGUCAAUGUCACAGCUCAACGUCCCUCAGUGUCUCUGAUCAUCAGUCCCAGCAGAAGUCAACACUUCUCAUCUCACUCUCUCUCUCUGAACUGUGAGGAUCACAAUAACUCCACUGGAUGGACAGUGAGAAGAAACACAGACAGUGAGAGAAUGAAAGAUUGUUCAUCUACAGGAUCUACAUGUGAAAUCAGCUCCCUUAAAACAUCUGACACUGGAGUGUACUGGUGUGAGUCUCAAUCUGGAGAACACAGUCCUCAUAUUAACAUCACAGUACAUGAUGGUGAUGUGAUUCUGGAGAGUUCUGUUCAUCCUGUGAUUGAGGGAGAUACUCUGACUCUACACUGUUUACAUCGAUCUACAAACUCCUCAAUCCUCACAGCUGAUUUCUAUAAAGAUGGAUCACUCCUCCAGAAACAGACGACAGGAGAGAUGAGCAUCCCUACUGUCUCAAAGUCACAUGAGGGUUUCUACUCCUGUAAACACGGAGAGAGAGGACAGUCACCCGAGAGCUGGAUCUCAGUCACAGGUGACAUUUAUUCCAGUUCUUCUUCUCAUCCGGUGAUUUGGGUGGUUGCGUGUCUGAGUGUUGCCGUGUUACUCCUCAUCUCACUGAUCCUGCUGUGGAGAUACAAACACAACAAAGAUCAGCAGUGUAUCAACCAACAGACAUCAGUUCAGAAUCAGAGGACACGACCUGGAGAAUCCCCGACAGAAAACUGUCCUCUACAGUCUGGUUCUGAUCCCAUUUAUGAUGAAGUGGAAACAAACUAUAAGAAGAGCACAGGGGCAUCAGCAGAUGAGGUCACAUAUUCAGAGCUCACUAUUAAAAACAAGAUAUCUGUGGAUAAAGAUGCUGGAAAAAGAGACGUUUUAAUUGAGAUGAAAACUGAGGACAAUCAAAGAGGGAAAAGCAGUGAGUGUGAAGACACUGUUUACUCUGAUCUGAAGCAGAACACAGACAGAGGUGGCAGUGCUGGAGUCGAUGCAACUUAUGCUCAAGAUUUUAAUUACCGAAAGAAAAAAACCUGCAAGAAUUGA